AACCUCGCCCAAUACUCCAGUUUUUAUUGCAUAAUCUUCAACAAAAAAUAUUACCAUGGCUGCAAAAUAUCCAGAAACUACUGACCUGCCAGUCCCAGACCUAUCAACCCUUACGCUAGAUAAUUCACCGCCCUCUGAUUUCAUUGACAAGAUAACAAAGCUUGAAUAUUGCCUUGGUCAUGGUGCUUUUGGUGUCGUUCUUAAGGCCAAAAUCUCCUCAACAUUCUACGCCGUGAAAUUCCUCCUUCCCAACCAAAUUCUUCCCGAAGAAAAGGCACGUCGGGAGUUCGAAAUUCCGCUCACCCUAAGAAAACAUGAUAAAGUCGUACAGAUUCACAAAUUCGUAGAAGAGAAGGUCCUGUCGCACUCCCAAGUGGAACAGAUUAUCCAAUUAUCGGACCCCACCAUUGAAGCUAGAUACAAAAUUGAACAACGUAAAGGGGCGCCCGUGAAAUGGACUUGCAUUCAAAUGGAGCUCUGUGGACGAAGUUUACGAGAUUGGCUGAACGAAUUCAAACCAUCAAACGACUCGAUUUAUACCCACAUGAAGCAAGCCGUCAUCGUCAAAAACCUACUGAAAGGGCUCAAUUUUUUGCAUAGUAAUCAAAUUAUUCAUCGCGACCUCAAACCAGAAAACAUUAUGUUCUCUUCGCUCGAGUAUGGUCUUCCCGUUAAAAUUGGAGAUUUUGGCCUCGCUAGAUGGAUCCUCCCAGAAGAUGGCAGCAUGUUUACGAGCAAUACCGGAACAAGAUUGUAUAUGGCACCGGAAGUGCUGGAUGGAAAGUACUCAUACCAGGCCGACGUUUACUCCUUGGGAUUAGUUGUAUGGGAAACAACGGGAUUAAUCCCGUCACAUAAAAGAGCUGGUAUGUUCGAGAAACUGGUAAAUGAUAGAAAUGAAAAAUUAGUUGAGAAUCAUCCCCUCCUUGGCCCAUGGUUAAAAAUAUUAAUUAUAUCCUGCACCAAAAGGAACCCAAUCGACAGGUUAACAAGUAUGACUUCAGCCUCCGAACUACUGAAUAUAAAGAAAAUAAAAAUUCGCCCACAAGAAAUCGUUGCUAGAACAAGUGAAGAGUUACAAUUAUGUCUCAAAUUUGUUUCAAGUGGAUGCACCAUCCGAUUGGUAGAGACAACCUAUUUCGGUGGCAUUUACCUGAGGAUGGACAACGUGAAUAUUAUUGGUCAAGGAUCAAACACCGUUAUUGAUUUACGUACCCCAAGACGCAUCUGCAUAUAUGCAAGUCAUUGUACCCUUUCAAAUAUGAAAGUCGCUUGUCAUGGAAAAGGAUCGAGUAGGAAUAUAUUUGUACACUCACAUAAUAAAAUACAUGACCUUAUAGCUACACUUGCCGCGUCUCACAAUGACGACGUCUCAGAAGGAGAAUCCGACCGUUAUGGAAUUAUUGUGCACGGUGAUAAUAAUAUGUUGCAACGCGUAACGAUUGACAACACGACGUCGAAGUUCUUUGUAAUUUAUGGCGAUUGCCAACCAAACUUGGACUUUUCUGAUUUGUAUGUCACGAAAGGACACGUUCUAAUAUACUUUAUCGGCGACAAUAGUUCCCUUAAGCGUAUUGGCCAGUCGGAUCUGGUAGAUAAUCCCCUUCAAAUUAAAUCGUUACGUCCAGAGUCGCGAAACGAACUAUUUAAUCGUGGAGAUGUUCCCCCAAAAUUGGACAUAGUUGUUGAAGGAUUAAAUUGUAAUCUGGAAGAAAUUAAAUGCAAUAAUGUCCUCGUUAUGGUAAGCAAUGUGUCACUUCACAAUGUGCAGUGCUCAGGUGCGAUUGCAAUUGUAGACAGACUUGAAGGAAUUGCAUUGAAGAAAUGUCGAGCAAAAUGGCUUGAAACAGAUUCAACAGUAUCCAUCACAGAUUGCAAGCUCGGCGCCGUAUCGAACUCUACCAUGCACUGGGAAAUACUUUUAAAAUUUUACCUAAGAAAGCUUUACCCUUAUCUUGAAGAUUUAAUGUGAUAAACAGAUGUACAUGGGAUUAUUAAGGUACACAUUUAAGUAAAAUUAUCUGGCUGGGGUCUUUACAAUCACAAUAUUAUUGUAAACAAAAAAUCUGAUUUGUUCGCAAAUUUGUAUAUAUAUAUUACCUGAUGAAUUUAUAAAUUAAUGUAUUCUCAAUUCUUUUGUCGUAAACUAUAUGACGAUUUCCAUCAGCUAUCGCCGGUAAAAAACAUAUCAUUUUAUCUUCAGGUGUUUUAGCUCAAAAACAUGUUCAGCGGGACUGAACUAUUCGAUUUAGUUGGUUUUUAAAAUUUGCAUGACCACCUCCACGUAAUGGCAUAGGCGACAGCUGUAAAUAAAUAGGGGGUCGUCCCAGACCCCAUAAAGUAUAUAUAUUCUGAAUCCUCCCGCCACGACCUUUCCAAUGAUACCCCACUUAUGGGGUUAUGUGAGACUUGACCUGUUGACCUUUUGAAAAAUUUGUUGACCUUGGAAAAAAAUUAAAAAUUCUUAAAGUACCUGAUAAUACAAAUUAUUCGGAUCAGUUUUCACCACAUAUGAAGAAAAUCUAUCCAGGAUUGUUGAAAUGCGAGCUAUUUAAAGAAUGGUAAUGGAGGAGCCAAAUUUGUAACUUGACCUCAUGUUAGUUUCAGGUCAUGCAGUAUGGGUAGGGCUUAGCGCUUCCGUUUUAUCCUAAAGCAUGGCCGGAGGAUUGUGCAUGCGAAGUUUGACCGCUGUGGGCCUUGUGGUUGCUUCACAAUGGAGGGAGAAAGUUGACAAAUAUUGACAAAAAAAGUACGGCUGUCGCCUAUGCCAUUACGUGGAGGUGGUCAUGCAAAUUUUAAAAACUAACUAAAUCGAAUAGUUCAGACCCGCUGAACAUGUUUUUGAGCUAAAACACCUGAAAAUAAAAUAAGAUGCUUUUUACUGGCGAUAGCUGAUGGAAACCGUCAUAUUCAACAUCCACAAUAACGUGACCCUGAUAAAGAGUAAAGUUUACCCUGGAUUUAGUAAUUUGCUUAAUACAUAUGGAAUUCAGACUGAAGUUACUCUAGAAAGGGGAACAUAAUUUUUUAGUCGUCUACAGUUUUUCCAAUCAUAAUUACAUAUUCACAAAUUGUUCCCAUUUCACUACACUACAAACUGCAAAUAACAUGUAAAAGUAUUAAGUUAAGUAUAUUUACAUAUGCUUAUGUCAAAAAUCUGAUAAUUAAGUGAGAUAAAUAUAUUCACCAAUGGCUCUCA